GGAAUGGAAUCUCGGAGACAGGAAACAGAGGAGGGGUACCUCCGGAAGUUUUUCCCACUGUGUAUCGUGGAAUUUUUUUUCUUCCUUGCUUACAUUAUGGGAUUCUUUAUAGCAAUUGAGUAUGGGCAUGACAAAUUUCGUGAAUCUCUGUUUCCAAACCAAACUAACUUAAAUACAACAGAUAAAUCACACUGUGAAACGAAUACUAGCUCUGAAAGUUAUCAAAACGAACAAGAGGUGCAGAGAGUUGUCUCGGAAUGGAGUGUGUACAUUAACCUUGCACAGGGAAUCCCUUUAAUUUUUGCAUCAAUUGUAUUUUCUCCACUAAGUGAUUCUGUGGGCCGAAAGAUUUUCCUUUUUAUAGGGGGUGCGGGUGUUUGUAUAAAACAGUUUUUGAUGACCCUAGCUAUUGCAUUUGAUUGGAAUAUUUAUCUGUUUGUGGCUUUCACAUUUAUAGAGGGAAGCACUGGUAGUUGGGUGGCUCUGUUGGCCAUUACUUUUUCCAUAAUGUCUGAUAUAUCAUCUGGACAGUCUAGAUCUUUUCUCAUUGCUGCUAUAAGCUUUGUGUUUGGAGUGGGUUACUCCGUUGGUAAUUUCAUACCUGGCUAUGCAAUCGAAGCUUUAGGCUACACAUAUGCAAUGGCGAUGUCAAGCAGUGUAUGUUUUGUAUCGGUUAUUGGUAUAUGUUUUAUGCCAGAGUCCCUGCCUCCUAGUCGCCGCUCAACAGUACAAUUUCACUGCCUUACCAACUUAAAAGAGAUGCUUCAGUUUUACAUUAAAGAGGACAAAUCUUUCAGGGAUUCUAAGAGAUGGAAGUACAUAGUGGGUCUUUCAGCAUUUGCUUUUAUUAUGUUGGCAAGACUGGGUGCUUCUUUUGAACUACUUUAUCUGAUCGAUUCACCAUUUUGUUUCAAUCCAGUCAAACUGAGCUUGUUUGAAACUUUGAAAUCUGUAUUGUCAGAAAUCAUUAUUUUAGCUGGAAUAAAACUGAUGCAGCAAUGUUUUAGAGAUGAAAUAAUUGCAUUCAUUGGCACAAUUUCGUCUCUAGCUUAUUAUAUCUUAUUUGGAAUGGCACCAUCUGAGAAAUACCUUUACAUAGCUGCUGUAGUUGGUGCUAUUGGGAUGUGCUCCAUUCCAAUGAUCAGAGCAAUAAUGUCCAAGAUGACACCUGUAAACAAACAAGGUACAUUGUUUGGAAGUAUAGCAAUCAUAGAGAACAUCUGUAACCUCUCAGGUUCUGUACUUGGAACAGCUCUAUAUUCUGCAACAGUCUCUUAUUAUCGAGGAAUGGCAUAUCUAGUGUUAGCUGGAUGUAUGUCUCUAGCUCUCAUUCUACUACUAAUUCUGGUUAUUUUCGGUCGUGGAGGAAGAGAGAAAUGCGACUAUGAACCCAUUCCAACAAGUGAAACAGCAGUUGUGACUUCUAAAUACACAAGUUACUUUUGACUUGCCUUCCUGUUAGUGCUCAGUAUCAUUUGAGACUUUGAACAGUAUUCUUUAUAUUUAUUGAUUUAUUCAAACUGAAAAAUUAAUAUCAGGUUGUGUUGACUUUUCAUAUUGUAAAUUAGCAAUUUACACCUGGUGUAAAUACAAAAUGAAAAAUAAUUUAUUUAUGAGAUUAAGCUGACAUUUUUUUUUUUGUUCUACAAUGAUCGAACCUCUUAUUAUUUGCUUUGUAAGUUUUGAAAAUGAAAAAUUCCUAAAUUAGAAAAAAUUACAUUUGUAUCAGUGCUAUGCUCUGAACUCAUAAACUUGUGGCAAGCUCUUUAAAUCAAUUUCAUAUUUUUGAGUUUUCCAGAGAUUUUUUAAAACACUAAACAAGGACAUUUAUAUUUUAUAACCAGAGAUUUUUUUCUCAUUUUAACAAUUUUCUUAUCACCAACAAAAUAACUAGUGGUUAUGAGUGGUAAUAAUUAUACCUUAUGUUGUGCAUUUUGUGUUUGUUAAACAAAUUAUUAAAUGACUUGAGAUCAGAUUGUAUAAUUUAUUGUCUAUGUAUUUAUGUCAUGCAACUGACUGACUUAAUUGUGACCAGCUAAAAAGCUGAAAAUUGUGUUACGCUUUAGCUCAUCUGAGCUGAAGGCUCAAGUGUGCUUUUCUGAUAAAAAUUUAUCUAAUGUCUGUCGUCGUUGUUGUCAUCAUUGUUGUCAUAAACUUUUUACAAUUUCAUCUUCUUCUCCAGAACCACUGGGCCAAUUUCAACCAAAUUUGGCAAAAAGUAUCCUUGAAAAAAUGGAUUCAAAUUUGUUCAAAUGAAGGGUCACACCCUCUUCCAACAGGAGAUAAUUAAGAAAAAGAGAAAAAUUGGGUUAGGUCAUUUAACAGUGUUUGAAAAUUAAAAAUGUGUGUAGUAUUUGCAAUCAUUUAUGUAUUUAAUCUUUUCAUUACUAAACUGAUUUCUGCUUUUUCCUACCCAAUGUGCUCAGGUGAGCGAUGUGGCCCCUGGGCCUCUUGUUUUUUGUUGUUUUUUUAAACGAAGGGUCAGAAAUAUGUUUCAAUGAAAAUGUAACUCAUGAAAAUGAAACUCAUUCUCAACGUGCAGUAGAUCUGUUAUUAUGGUUCUGAUGUUAAAUGUUUUUUUUUUUUUUUUUUUUCCGUUUUUGUUUAUAUUUAUUGGUUUUUAGAUUUUCUUUUCUUAUAAAUUGUAAUAUUUGAAUAAUUGUAUGUUUGUAGAUUUUCAUUUUUAAAACUAUUUUAUGAACUGUAUUUAAUGACAGAUAUUUAAAUUAAUUUUGACUGCAAUCUGUUUAAUUGAUAAACCUCACAUUUGUAUGUACUGGAAAUGAUUCUAAGAAAAGUCUUACCAAGGGCAUUAAUGAGCUAACAUUUUAGUUAGAUUUUACUCAUAAGAUGAACAAUGUUGUAAUAGUCACACUUGACAUUUUCCCAAAUUACUGCUAUUGAAAUUUUUGAAGUUGUGUCCUUUAAAGGUGGUGGCAACAAUAUUUUUUUUUUUAAUUCUACAUAUGCAUGCAUUUAUUUGUCAGGAAGAGAAAGAUCAACAAUGUGAUUAUUGUAGUCCAUGAACCAUUUCCUUUUGUUUAUUUCAAACACAUUAAAAGUCCUAGAUGUCUUUUUUUAAUGAAAUAUUUAAAACUGCUCAAGUCUUUAAGUCUGCAAAAUUUUAAUACCAUUUAUGGAAAGUGUACAUUAAUGUUUAAAUUAGUGAUGUUAUGUGCAAUUGCCUCAUGUUGACUGUGAUCAGCUGAAAAGUAAAUGAUUGUGAAACUUUAUUUUUAUGCCUCUGAUUUAAAAGAUUUGGGGGCAUAUAGUUUUCGGUCUGUAUGUCUGUCUUUCUGUUUAUCUGUUUGUCCACAAACACUUUAACCUUGGACAUUUUUAAAUGUUGAUGCUCAGGGCUUUCAUAUUCACUUGUAUAUUCCUUGUGAUAAGACCUUUGUUUGAGUACCGACUUUGGUCUUGACUAUAACUUUUGAAUUGUUGGUGCUAGGGCUGUCAUAUUUCAUCAUAUGUGUUUUCCUUGUGACAAGACCUUUCUUUGAGUAUCAAUAUUUUUGAUCUUGGUCUUGCAUUGGAGUUUGACCUACUUUAAAAAAAAACUUAAACUUUGUCCAUAACCUUUGAAGGGUUGGUGCUAGGGCUUUCAUAUUUCACAUGUAAUUUUUGUGUCAAGAACUUUCUUUGAGUACCAACAUUUUUGACAUUGGAGUUUGACCUACAUUUGAAAAACUUUAACCUUGGUCUUAACUUUGAAUGGUUGAUGCCAUAUUAGGCCUUCAUAUUUCACUUUUGUAUUCCUGUGACAGGCCUAUCUUUGAGUACCAAUUUUUUUACCUCUUAACCUUAACCUUGGAGAUUGACCCACUUUUAUUUAUCUUUGGCCAUAACUUUUGAACGGUUGGUAUUAGGGCUCUCAGAUUGCACUUGGAUAUUUUUAUUACAAGACCUUUCUUUGGCUAUGAACAUCUUUGACCCCAUGACCUUGACUUACUUUUGAAAAAGCUGCCAUACUGGGGCAUCAGUGUUUCACAAAUAUAUCUUGUGUUUUUACUUUUUUCUUCGUAAGGAUCAGAAAUGUGUUUCAAUCUAAUGCAAUUCAUUUUAAACAAAUUAAACAUGUAGAUCUGUUUUUAUGAAUUUAGGUGGUGUAUCUUUUAUAUAUACCACACUCUUUUGUUUUGAUAUUCAUUGUUAUAUAUUUUCUUGUCUUGAAAGUUAUUUUAAUUCAGAAUAAACAUAUUUAU